CCUCCCACGCGCAGCGCACGUACCCGCGUUCGCGCGCAUGCGCCGUGGGAUUCAUGUCAAGGCACACAGUGGCGCUAUAUCGUUCCCAGCUCGACUCGGGUGCCUAAGUGAUGGACGAAGGCUUGACGGAGGCUUCGGAGGCCAGCCUGGGGUGCGAAGACGCGAACGUGGCGUCGGAAGAGAGCUGCUACCAGGCUGCCACCGCUGCGGGGGACCAGAGCAUGAGCGGCGAGUGCCAGAAGGCGGUCGGCUCCAAGACGACUGUCCCCCGCGGGCGUGGCUACGAUGACGAUGACGUCGUGCUUGUGGAGGCCACGCCCUCGGCGACGGAGUCCGGAUCGAGUCCCGUUCCCGCUCCGGUAUCUCGGCCGUCUUCCGCGACGGAGGCCCCAGGUCCCAAAGUCGCGGAGGUCACAGCGGCCGCCCCCUCGGCCCCGAACCGCAGCGAGCCGAUCGUCAUCGACGACGAGGAGGACCCGGCGGCUCCCCCGCGCUCCCUCAGCAGCACGGAGCCCGACUCGGAGAUCCGCAUCGCCAGCGUCACCACGUUGGGCUCCGCGGGAUCUCAGGCCCCUCCUGCUGCCGUCGCUACCUCUGGUUCAGGCCCGGGUGCUGAGCAACGCGACAUGAACUUGAUGAUCAUGAACGUGACCUCGCUGCAGGAUGCUGCCCCAGCAGCAGGGGGCGCCGUAGAGGUGGAAAAAGGUCUGCAGAUCAGCAGCACGUUCAGCCUGAACCCGGAGGCCCAGGAAGGGCACGGCGAGUGUCCGGCGGGCGGCCGACCGACCGCGCACAGCGGCUCUUCGGGCACGUUCAAUCCCGGUCGGGUCAGCACGGCGCGCGAGCCAGUCCAGAACGGCGAGACCGGGACGCACCAAAAGCCUGAUUCCUGGAUCUCGCAGUCGGCCUCCUUCCCCCGAAACCAGAAGCAGCCGGGUGCCGACUCGCCCUCGCCCGCCGCACCCCUCCCGAAGCCACCCGUGCGCUCCCCGCUGGGGUCGCAGCCCACCACCCGGGCCGUGAAGGUCACUUGCGCCAACUGCAAGAAGCCACUGAAGAAGGGCCAGACGGCCUACCAGCGCAAGGGCUCCGCCCACCUCUUCUGUUCCACCACCUGCCUGUCAGCCUUCUCCCACCGGCCCGCCCCCAAGAAGAACUGCACCAUGUGCAAGAAGGAUAUCACGACUAUGAAAGGCACCAUCGUGGCUCAAGUGGACUCCAGCGAGUCCUUCCAGGAGUUCUGCAGCACCGGCUGCCUGGCAUCGUAUGAGAACAAGCAGAACCCGCCCAAGACGCCGGUCAAGACUAAGUGCACGGUGUGUGGGAAUCUGACCGAGAUCCGGCAUGAGGUCAGCUUCAAGAACGUCACGCACAAGAUCUGCAGCGACAUGUGCUUCAACCGCUACCGCAUGGCCAAUGGGCUCAUCAUGAAUUGCUGCGAGCAGUGCGGGGACUACCUGCCCAGCAGGGCUUCGGCCAACCACUUCCUGGUCAUCGAUGGGCAGCAAAAACGCUUCUGUUGCCAGAACUGCGUCCGCGACUAUAAGCAGGCGCACGGGAAGCUCACCACCUGCAGCGGCUGCAAAGCCCCCUGCAGGUCGUUUGACGUAACGCACUGCAUCGGUCCCAGCGGCACCAUGGAGCCCUACUGCUCCACCUCGUGCAUGACGGCGCACAAGAACAAAGCCACCGCCGUCCUGGAGGCUGAGCUCACCUGUCAUUACUGCAAGCGCAACGCUUUACCGCAGUACCAGGCCACGCUGCCCGACGGGAAGGUAUACAGCUUCUGCAGCUCGGACUGCGUCACCAAGUUCCAGAGUGCCAGCCUACUGGCCCCCGCCAACGGAGAGCCGGCCCACUCGUCCACGGCGGACGCCGUCCAGCUCAAGUGUAACUACUGCCGAGGGCUCUUCAGCCUCAAGCCGGAGAUCCUCGAGUGGGAGAACAAGGUGUACCAGUUCUGCAGCCGCACCUGCUGCGAGGACUACAAGAAGCUGCACUGCAUCGUGACGUUCUGCGAGUACUGUCAGGAGGAGAAGACGCUCCACGAGACGGUUAAGUUCUCAGGAGUCAAGAGGCCAUUUUGCAGCGAGGGGUGCAAACUGCUCUACAAGCAGGACUUUGCGCGGCGCCUCGGCCUAAAGUGCGUCACGUGCAACUACUGCUCGCAGAUGUGCAAGAGGGGCAUCGUGAAGCAGGUGGACGGCAUGCAGCGUGACUUCUGCAGCGAGUCCUGUUCCAAGAAAUUCCACGACUGGUACUACAAGGCGGCCCGCUGCGACUGCUGCAAGCUGCAGGGAAACCUGCUGGAGAUGGUGCACUGGCGCGGCGAGGUGAAGCACUUCUGCGACCAGCAGUGUCUCCUGCGCUUUUACUGCCAACAGAACGAACCCAACAUGUCCACGCAGAAGGGUCCGGAGAACGUUGCCAUGGGCUACGGGUCACAGUCGCAAGGAGCCAAGACACCGGGCUACAACCAGGCGAUGGUGCCGGGCUACGCCGGGGGCGGCUUGCUCAAGGACGCCAAGAACAAGGCGGUGCUCUGCAAGCCUCUCACCAUGACCAAGGCCACUUACUGCAAGCCUCACAUGCAGAGCAAGAACUGUCAGACGGAGGAGCCCGGCCUGGAGGUGGUGAAGAAGGAGUAUGUUCCCGUCCCCAUUCCGGUCCCCGUGUACGUCCCCGUGCCCAUGAACCUUUACGCUCAGACCACACCUGCACCUCUGACACUACCAGUCCCGAUUCCUGUUCCCGUGUUCCUGCCUGGCACCAGUGGAACAAACCCAGUCGCCAAGACCCAAACCCCUUCCGACUCGGCGGAGAGGACCGAAAUGAUUGCAGAGGAGAAACCUGACCGUGAAGAAGUGAAGCUGGAAGGCGUGGAGGGCGGCUGCGUGAAGGACGAGCCACUCAAGAGCGAGAGCCGCAGCUGUUCGGACGCGGGGGAGCAGGACGAGGAGGACGAAGAGAGCGCCGACCCGUACGACACUGACCUCGAUCUGGAGGAUGACCUGCCCCAAGUGCCGGGUCUGGACCCAGCAGCGGACCUCUUGAUGGCAGAAAUCAGCUUCUCGCUGCCCCCCAUUUUGGGAGAGGAGAAGGAGGACAGCUCUCGACCCGUGAUCAGGAGGAAGGGACACAAGAGGCGAGCGGCAGAAGAGGGCUCCGCACCGGCAUCGCCCAGCGGCCCCACAGAAGACACCCUGUUUCCCCUGAAACCUCGGUACGGGCUGAAUGCCUGGAAGAGAUGGGUUCUAACCGUGACCACCCAGGCGCAUGAGAGCAAAGCAGAGCUCCAAGAAGCGAAGCGGGCGCGGUUGAAGCGGAAUGUCCUGUCGCUCGGCGCCGCGGAGCUGAACCACGCAUUGUCCCGUUUCGUCAGCGAGGUGCGCCGUCCCAGCGGAGACUGCUACGCACCCGACUGCAUCUUCUAUCUCUGCCUCGGCAUCCAGCAGCAUUUGCGUGAGAACGGGAGGACGGACGACAUCUUCGGUGACCCCUGCUACGAGCAGUUUGGACAAGCGCUGACAAAAGUUCUCAAAGGCUGGCAGCCCAGUGUUCUUCCUGACGGCUCCCUCUGGAGUCGAGUGGAGGAGCGGUGCCUGUGGAGCUGCCGGCUGCUGGGGGCGCACUCUCCCGCCUCGCUGCUCCGCUCGCUGGUCUACCUCAACACAAAGUACUUUGGCCUGCGCACCGUGGAGCAGCACCUGCGCCUCUCCUUUGGGAACGUGUACGGCCAGCGGGGGGGCAGUCCGCACGCGUGCAUCCGCAUCCCCUCCAUCUCGCUGGAGCGCCAGGUGAAGACGGGCUCAGGGAAGAGGAAACGCAAAGACGAGGACGAAGACGGAACGGCGGACGACGACGGCGCGGCGGGCGCCUCCCGCUGCCCUAUCAAGAAGCACGAGUGCCACUUAUACGAGCUCUACCUCUCCAAGUGCCCGGUGUCCCUGAAGCAGAGGACGGACGUGUUCUACGUGAAACCCGAGACAUCCUGCAAGACGGACAGCCCCCUGUGGUACAGCUCCACCCCUCUGGAGAGGACCGCCCUCGAGAGCUUUCUGAGCCACGCCCUCCUGACCAAGGACCUGUACAUGGAGAGGAGCCGUUCCGAUGAGGAAGAGGAUGAGGUGGAGGAAGACUAUGCCAGCAGCCAGUAGUGAAGUCCCCUCCCUCCCCCCAAGCCCCCCCCCACCCGGAGUCCAGCGACAGCACUGAAGUGGGGCAGCGUUCCAGAACAGACCGCCACCCUGCGCUUCCUGUUCCACUGACCUCUGAUCAGCGACAGCUGUUGUGUGUCAGGAGGCCUCAUGCGGUGACUGCUGAGUUGAGACCAGUGCCGCAGAGCAGGGAGAAGUGGCGGCACAUUUUGAGGAGCGCUUGCUUGACUUGUUUUUGUUAAUAUAUAUAUGACACCCAUAUAUAUAUAUAUAUAUGUGCGCGCGCACAACACACACACACACACACACACACACACACACACACACAAAAUCACCCUCCCAGUGUCACAACAGGGCCCCAGAAAGUGCUGCAUCUAAUUCUCGGGGAAGCCGCGUACGCCUGAUGUAGCAAGCUCCGCCCCCCAGCCAUGUGGCACCGUGAUUGGCUGACCUCGGGCCGCGGAUGAAUUCGGAGGGAGGGUGAGAGGAGCCCGACGACGCCGCCGCAGGCGCACGGACAGAACCGGUUGCCCUUAUCUCGGUUUUAACCUUGGACGCCGCCUUCAGAAUAAAGAAUGUUUGUUUAUUUAUUCUCCGUUAUUUUAGGUUUGUAGCUUUUCUUUAUGAUGGGACAGGAUCUGAACAGGGUUGUGCCAUGUGUACCAUUUGUUUUCCCAGCAGAGCAUUAAUUAAACCUUGCUGCAACUCUAUCUACCUCUGU